AUGGCGGAGGGACCACAGUCCAUUUGGCAGAGGAUAGACAACUCGGUCAUCCCGGUUGUGAACCUCGAGGUACGCGAAGUCCGGGAAAUACUAUGGGAGAAGAUUCAAGAGCCUACAAACCAGAGAAAGAUCAUAUUAGUCAUAGUGUCCAUUGCACUGCUUUUGGACAACAUGUUGUACAUGGUAAUAGUACCGAUCAUCCCUGACUACCUGCGGUAUAUCGGUGCGUGGGGUGAAGACAGCUAUGACCAUGUAGUUACUCUGGCACCCUACCAAGAAGGGAAUAAAACUAUCACACCCACAAUGAUAAUCCCUCGGUCUCAUGAGGGGCAAGAUUCAGCGACAGGCGUUUUGUUCGCUUCGAAGGCUAUCGUUCAACUCAUGGUCAACCCUUUUUCUGGUGCCUUAAUCGACCGCAUCGGGUACGAUAUACCCAUGAUGAUUGGACUGGUUAUAAUGUUUCUCUCUACAUCAGUCUUUGCAUGUGGUCGCAGUUAUGGAAUGCUGUUCUUCGCGAGGAGUUUGCAAGGAGUUGGAUCCGCUUUUGCUGAUACAUCAGGAUUAGCUAUGAUUGCCGACAGAUUUACUGAGGAAGCGGAGAGAUCUAAAGCUUUGGGUAUUGCCCUGGCGUUCAUCAGUUUUGGAUGUUUGGUCGCCCCGCCUUUUGGUGGUGCUUUGUAUCAGUUUGCUGGUAAGGAGGUUCCUUUUUUAAUCUUGGCCUUAAUAUCGCUAAUAGAUGGUUUUAUGCUAUUGCUCGUGAUGAAACCUUUAAAAACACAGCUAAAAGAAGCCCAGCAACCUAAACCUGCUGGUACACCCAUCUGGAAACUGUUGAUGGAUCCUUACAUCGCCGUAUGUGCAGGGGCUCUCAUGAUGUCAAACGUAGCGUUAGCGUUUUUGGAACCGACGAUUUCCCUUUGGAUGGAGGAUAAUCUGACUAAAGAUAACUGGAAGAUUGGCAUGAUUUGGUUGCCAGCUUUUUUCCCUCACGUUCUUGGAGUGAUCAUAACAGUAAAAAUGGCAAGAAAAUAUCCUCAGCAUCAGUGGUUAAUGGCAGCCGGAGGAUUGGCUCUAGAAGGUUUGUGCUGUUUCAUUAUACCUUUUGCAAAUUCCUAUAAAAUGCUGAUGAUACCUAUCUGCGGUAUCUGUUUUGGGAUUGCUCUCAUUGAUACUGCUCUACUUCCUACAUUGGGAUAUCUAGUAGACGUACGAUAUGUGUCUGUCUACGGUAGCAUUUACGCUAUUGCUGAUAUAUCCUACUCUUUCGCAUAUGCUGUUGGUCCCAUCAUCGCAGGUGAAAUCGUUGAAGUAAUUGGGUUCACAGCUUUGAAUGUAAUGAUAGCCUUCAGCAACCUCCUGUAUGCGCCGGUCUUGAUAUAUUUACGCCAUAUUUAUGACUUCAAGCCGUUCCAAGAUGAAGCCAACAUCCUAAUGUCUGACCCACCAGAGAAAGAAUAUCAGACAUACAGCUUACAAGAUCAGAGGCCUGUUAAUGGGGAAUAUAAAAAUCACCUUGAGUAUUCCAACGUAUCUGGACAGGUGGCCUCUGAAACUCAAGAGUCAAAUGUGGAUACUAGUGGUGGCGGAUACUCUUACGACCAAUCUUAUCAGGGAGGGUAUCAGGACUACAGUCAGCAAGGAUAUGAUCAGCAGCAACAACCGCAACAAGGUUACCAACAGCAGGGUUAUCAGGAGCAAUACAACCAGCCGCGGCAGUUACCAGCUCAACCUCAACCAACAGCUAGCAACCCUUUCAGAGCAGGUGCCGCGGCUGCUCCUGCAGCUGCUCCUGCUCCUGCACCAGCCCCACAGCCCGCAAUCAAGAAUCCUUUCCGGCAAGGUUUCUAA